CCCGAAGCCAGACCACAGGAGGGAUGGGAAGUGAGGCAGUACAGAAAACCAGAACAGAAAACUGAGAAGUCUGUGAACAGGAGAAUGAAGCUCAGGAGGGAGAGUUUGCUUUUUAAGGAAGAACAUUGUUGGGAAGAAGUCGGAAGGAGCAGACAUAGCCACUGGAAAGAGGAUGGGGCUGGGUCGCAGUGCUGGUUCCUGUAGGUUGCCCUCAAACUCGGGGGCAGGAGCGGGGGUUGUCUACUCCAGGCCCCACUGCAUGGUUUGGGACUGGAAGCUCUGAGUUCUAGGAAGACCGUUGGCAGCAGAGCUAGGCAAGGACUGGACGCUCAAUCUCCAGAGCACCUCUCUGCCUGUCUCGGUUCCAGAUCAAACCCUUGGCUCACUGGCCUACUCCAGGAGUCCCCCAAUCUGGCCUUCAGUGGCCCAGGCUUGGUUAUUUCUAUCUGCAAGGAGGCUGUGCUGGUCUGGGGCACUAGGGACAGUGGGCCUCAGAACUGCCUCUGGAAAGACGACUGAAGGUUAAAGCACACAGGGUGGGCCCCUGUCCUGUGUCCCAGUGGGGCAAGGGAGAAUAGAAGGAAGAGUCGGGGACUGAAUUCCAGAAGACGUGAGGCAGUGCUCUUACCUUCUGCCUGUAUGAUCCUGGGCAAGUCACUUAGCUCAGGAGUAGUUUCUAGGUCCUGUCUGGUGAAACCAGGGAUCCUGAUGAGCUGAGGAAAGGCGCUUCCAAGGAUGGGCUGGGAUAAUGGCCCCGUGGAUGACUAGGACGCUGGGCCCUAGGGAUUUGGGAACCAGCCUGUCCUGGGGCUUCUGCCAGCCCAGACCAUGCCCCACUCCACAGAAGUAGGGGCGCGGGUGGGAAGCCUAAUGACAGGCUAAUGCUUCUUCCUGUCUGCCUCCUCUCAAAGGAAGAUUUGGGGAGUUUGAGCCUGUAGCGAGACAAGAACCCACCUCUUCGGGCCUUCCCAUAGUUGCCCAUAAAGAUCCCACUCAGAUAAGUCCUCACUCGGACACAGCGCUCCCUGCGGCGCUGGGGUGGAGCUGAGCUCAGCUGUCUGGGCGCGCACAGCUGGAAGGUCACGUGGCAGCGGCUCCAGCCCCCCCUUCCUGCCAACGCUGCAUUUGGCCCAGGUCCUGUCCAUGGCCGCCCUUGGGACCCUGCGUUGAGCCCUGGAGGCCCUGGCGUCCAGGGCUGCGCCGUUCCCAAGGGCCGAGUGCGUCAGGAUCCCAAGGACAGACGUGGGAGUGCGGGCUGCGGCCACACGGACAUGAGGCGGAGGCUGCGUCUACGCGGGGACGCCUCGCUCACGUUGCUCCUGGGCGCCGCACUCGGCCUCCUGCUCUAUGCGCAGCGCGAUGGCACGGCCCCAACGACCAGCGCGCCGGGAGAGCCAGGGAGGACAGUGCCGGGGCCCACCCCCGGGUUCCGUUUAUUCCAGGCUCCGAACAAGGGCGCAGACCUGCAGGCCUACGAAGAGGACACGCUGGAGCCGCCCACGCCCACGGGACCCUUUGACUUUGGCCGCUACCUGCGCGCCAAGGACCAGCGGCGCUUCCCCCUGCUCAUUAACCAGCCGCACAAGUGCCUAGGCGGUGGAGCACCCGGCAGGGGACCCGACCUACUCAUCGCCGUCAAAUCGGUGGCAGCGGACUUUGAGCGGCGCCAAGCUGUGCGCCAGACGUGGGGUGCUGAGGGUCGCGUGCAGGGGGCACUCGUGCGCCGUGUGUUCUUGCUAGGCGUGCCCAGAGGAGCGGGCUCAGACGGGGCAGGCACGCAAACUCACUGGCGCUCCCUGCUGCAUGCCGAGAGCCGUGCGUACGCAGACAUCCUGCUCUGGGCCUUCGAUGACACUUUCUUCAACCUAACGCUCAAGGAGAUCCACUUUCUGGCCUGGGCCUCGGCCUACUGUCACGACGUGCGCUUCGUUUUCAAGGGCGACGCUGACGUCUUUGUGCACGUGGGAAACCUGCUGGAGUUCUUGGCGCCUCGGGACCCGGCGCACGACCUGCUUGCGGGUGACGUGAUCAUACAGGCGCGGCCAAUCCGCUUGCGAGCCAGCAAGUACUAUAUCCCCGAGGCUGUGUACGGCCUGCCGGCCUACCCGGCCUACGCAGGCGGCGGUGGUUUCGUGCUUUCAGGGGCCACGCUGCGCCGUCUGUCUGGUGCCUGCGCGCAGGUUGAGCUCUUCCCCAUCGACGAUGUCUUUCUGGGCAUGUGUCUGCAGCGCUUGCGGCUCACACCUGAGUCUCACCCUGCUUUCCGCACCUUUGGCAUCCCUCAGCCUUCAGCCGCGCCACACCUGCGCACCUUCGACCCCUGCUUUUACCGCGAGCUGGUUGUAGUGCACGGGCUCUCGGCUGCCGACAUCUGGCUUAUGUGGCACAUGCUGAACGGGCCUCAUGGGCCACCCUGUGCGCGUUCAGGGCCUGUAGCCGCCGGCCCCUUCCAGUGGGGCCCCUAGCCACCUACCACAGCCCCAAGCACCCCUCAUGCAGACCCAGGAUAGGAGUUUGAAGGGUAGGUUUCCCAGGUGGAUUAUUGCCGUGUAUGUGUUUUUUCCCCAGAAAUUGGCAUAAUUCAGGAUCCAGCUCCAGAUUGCCAGGUGUCUGCUUCCAAAGGGUUUCACGGAACGAAGACUGAGCCUGGUUCCUUUCGCCCCUACUGGGAGCGGGUCAGGAACCAUCUAAUGUCAACACACAGAUAGCCAUGGCUGAGGUGGUGGAGCACCAGACCCUUUGUCAAGCAGUGGGACAUGUUCCGUUCUCCAGUACCAAGUAGGUGAUGGUGGGGGUCAUGGAAUCUGACUAGACGCCUUGGUCUGGAACCCCUAGGAUGACGCAGACACAUGCAGGUCUUUCUCAUGGCUGGAGCCCGCAGGUGAUGGGGCCUGGCUUCAGGCUUCAUGCAACUGGCAGGCAUUCUGUCAAAACUGUUUGAAAGCAGGCAUCUUGCUUCCCACCCGUCCCUCCAAAUUGGAUUAUUAGUACUGUUGAGGUCUUCAGAUCUUCUUUUGAGGUCUUUCUUGGAACCACCCUGUCCUGGGCCCUGGUUUGGCUGGAACACUAGUGAUGGACGCAGAGGGACGACCAUGCUUGGUCCUACCUAAAGUCCUUCCCAACCUCCAACUACACUUGGUA